AUGACCAAGUUAAUCCUUGUUUUAGCCACGUUAGUGGGAGUAACCCAGGCCACAAUCUUCAUGGAGCCCCCAAAGCCUGUGGAUCUGACUACCAAGUGCAAUUUGUAUUGGAGGGAGCACGCAUGGGCCCUCGAGGAUUGCAUCUGCAGGGUCCUACAAAAUGGUUGUCUUUUGGCUCAAGAAAGUGAUGCAAGGGAAAAGGCUGGCAAGACACCUCUUAUUCCCGUCUCAGAGAAGGUCUGCAAAAAGUUUAUAAAGAAUAAGUGUUUCCUUGGAUGACCUGUAGUGGCCAAGUUCCCGGUUCCAUCUCCUUGCGGAUGCAAUGGCAAACAGGGAUCCCUGGAAAUUAAAAAGUUCAAAAAUCUGUGUGAACUGCAAAAAUAUUCUGCUGAAUGCUCUCAACCAUACAUCAGCUAUUCAAAGUGUUAA